GGAACUGAAUGUAAGACAUCAGCUGACUGUAAGGAUGCGAAUCGAGCACAUUGUCUUCCUGAUGGGCUUUGCCACGAAUGCCGUGCCCACACUGACUGUGAUGAGAAAUACCCGAUAUGCUCUAAGAAUUCUGAAUAUAUCAAUGUAUGUGGUGAUCCUCGAGUCCAGCAAACCAUCAAAGGUACAGACCUGAAGUUCUGCUACAAGAUCUUUGGUGAACCAGGGGAGACGUAUCUAUAUCUCAAGGAUAGAGACCUAGCUAUUUACGCAUCAUUCAAACAAAUCUACCAUGAAGCCAAUGUUGCUCAAUUCAUCGGGAAACUAAGCAUUAAGAAAGGCAAUACAUGGAUCCACAUAACACCAGGUUGGAUACAUGUCAAAGAUGGCUUAAAAGCGAAGGAAAAGAAAUACAACAUACGUCAUCACAACACAAUCAAGCUGUCUGUCGGGCGAAUCUCCAAAUGGCGUCCUAUUGAUAUAUAUUUGGAUAAUGACAAUACAGUAAUAGCUGUCAGGCCAGUUGGAUAUAUCUUUGAGGGCAAACCCCAUUGGUAUCUGAAUUUUGGAAUCUCGGAGUAUGUUGGCAUGAGCAAUUCAGCAGAUGGCAUUAUGGGAUCCAUAACACACAAAGCUGCAUUUAAGCCAACAAAGGGCAAGAAUGGAGUGGUCACAUGGUUAGAUCAAAAGCUACAUGUUCAUAGAGAUGGUGCUGUAUGUUGGAAGGUCAUUGAUCGCGAUGAAAAACAUUUUCUGAAGGCACUUCACAUAUUCAAACGAGAUCUUUCUCAUCUUGAUAAAAGCAAUAAACAUGUUUAAGAAUUGUGAAAACAUAUCACAAGUGAACAACAGACAAGAGGACUUAAGCCCGUAGCCAGGGGGGUUCGAUGGG